GUGACUUUUCUCUGAGUCCACCAAAAAACUCUUUUUUUCUUUUUUCCACUGUAACUCCUUUCUCUUCCCAUAUCCUUUGAGCAUGAAGGAUUCUGCUGAAUCAAGCUGGCGAUGUGUGGAGCAAUUCGGGAGCGUGAUAUAGGUUCUUUGAUUCGAUUUUGUUUCUCAAGUCAUGUUUGAUUGGGAAGAAGAAGAGCUUACUAAUAUGAUAUGGGGUGAUGACGGUGAGACAGGCGACCAUAUUGUGCCUUUUAAACAACUUAAUAAGAAGGAACAGAGUGAAGAAACUAAGACAGCUAAACCGGCUGAGCAAAAGAUAACUGGGACUAAAACUGACCUCCAUGAUGAUAAAUUGGGGAGCAGUUCGAGCCAUAAUGCUGAUGAGGGGACUCCUCAGCCAGAUUUCUGUAUGACCUCAUGGCCUGACACGUCGCUAACUAAUGCUACAAAAACUGAUCCAGAUUUGAGUGCGACUCAACUUUCAAAAUGCUUAGCUGAGCCAGCCAGAUAUGAUUCAACAAGAGAGAAAACGUCUGAACUUGGGAAAGGCCCUGAUAUUUUUCAUAGCUCUGAUGAGAGUAAAGAGCAAGGUGAUUUUGAUGACUACAGCUGGGCCAACAUUGGUAGUUUUGAUGAUCUUGAUCGAAUGUUCAGCAAUGAUGUCCCUAUAUUUGGCGAUGGCAGUCUCAGCGGUGGUGAUGAGUUAUGGUCUUCUUCUAAAGAUGUAUCCAAUAGUCCAAAAUCAUUAUCAUCAAUGUUGGACUCGCAAGAUCUAGGAUUGGAUAUUAGAACUGAGUUUGAGCAGCAAGAGAACCAGCAAUUUCCAUUGACUGGAAAAGCCAAUGGCCCGUCAUCCCAAAGUGUGCCGAGUGUACGUGUAACUCUAAAGGCUGACCAAAAUCGUGAGCAUAAGGGUCAACCCUCAGUUGAGGACCAGCCAUAUCAACAAAAUAAAAUGAUGAAGUUUUCGAAAAUGCCUAGGACUUCUGAAGCAUGGGCAUUUCAAGAUCUGUACGGUCAGAGGAUUCCAUCUAGUAAUUCACCUGGAAAGUUGGUAAAUCAGUUGACACCGCCUCGAUCUUCUCUGAUGGCUGUUAAUCUGCAGAGUGAGUCUGAAGGAUCUAGGACAUCACACUAUUCACAUAUGCCAAACCAAUACAUGGCUACUUCUGCUUUUGGUAAUCUUGCAAAUCCAUAUUCUAGUGUGCCUGUAAUUUCGGCCGUCCAACAUCCUGAUGUUAAGAAUCAGUCGAUGCAUCCUUCCUACAAUCCUGCUACUGCUACCUCCGUAAACAUGGCAAUAGAUGCCUCUGCACGGCCUUCAACAAUGACACCACAGGAAAAACUAGAAAAACUUAGACGCAGACAGCAAAUGCAGGCAAUGCUUGCCAUUCAGAGACAACAGAAGCAAUUUUCUCAUCAGGUGCCUGUGGCAGAUCAAUCCAUUACUCAAAAUUGUCUCCAAGAUAUUCCACUCCAGCUUGUCGACAAAACUAAUCUCCAAGGGCUAACUGCAAUGCCUUCCUUUGAUCCUAGUUCAUCUUUGGAACAAGAUGAUUCUGGCAAAUUUGCUGCUGCUGUUGAUAAUUCAGCAGAAUUCUCAGUUCUUUAUCGGCUUCAGGAUGUUGUAGCAAAGUUGGAUAUGGGAACACGGACUUGUAUACGGGAUAGCUUAUUCCGGUUGGCUGGUAGUGCAGCUCAGAGACAUUACACUAGUGAUACAGCCCACAGUAACAAGACUAGCCAGGAUGACCAGGAAGUUAUUCCCAGAGAAGAAUCCAGAUAUAGAUAUGCUGGGAUGCCAGAUACAGAAGCAGUGACCAACCCCACAGACAGAACUGUGGCUCAUUUGCUCUUUCAUAGGCCUUUUGAUAUGUUGGCGGCAAAGAGUAUGGAAGGACCAGAAUCACCCGCUUCUUCGAAGAUGGGAACUGGAGAAAAAGGGAAUUUUCCUAAAUGCAUCAUACGAGAGACUCACUUAAAUAAGCAGAAAGCUCAAAAGGAAGAAGGACCUGCAGAUUCACUUGCUUUGGGGAAUGCACCCAACUCUGGAUCCAGUAGCACUGUUGGUGAGAGGGUUGUUGAAGCAUCCCAAGGAAACAAAAGAAAGUUGUGAAAAUUAGAAGUUUAGGUUGCCGUGUUAGAGAGGAGCUUUGGGAAUUUCAGCAGACUAGACAACAUCUCUCUGCGUCCCUUCAAACAAUCUCCUCAUUGCUCUUUUCUUGUAAUUAGAUUUUUUUUUGUUACUUUUCAAAAACCUCUUUUGUUUACAUGUACCUCCAUGACAACUACAUUUUGGAAAACUCGUGUAGUUUGCAAUGUUUUUUUCCUCAUUCAAAACCAGAUUCAAUCUCUUAAUACAAUUGUAAGCACACA